AUGUCUUCAAACUCAGGCACCCCCUACAUGUUCUCGCCAGCUGAUCAUACCCAUCUCAUCCCGUAUCUGGCAGCCCUUCAUGCCGCCUGUAUCAGUCAAGAUCGGACGCUCGCAACCUUCCUGCCACCUUUGUCUCAUGAAAAGUUACUGGGAUGGUGGAAGGAGCGGAUAGCAGAGGUCAUUGACGGUACACGCUUGAUGCUGAUUCUUCUGGACGAGUCUGAACCAGGAUCGAAACCCAAGGGAACUGAACUUAUGGGUGUUGUCAUGCUAUGGAUGCCCUACUCCGAAACAGGCCCAUUCCGUGGCUUUGUUGAGAAGCUUCUUAUCAGUCCAAAGUUCCGUCAGCGCGGUGGUGCUAGGAUGUUGAUGAGUGCUCUGGAGGGAGAGUCUCUUAGGAGGGGACGGACGCUGCUAAUGCUCGAUACCGCCGCUGAUAGCCCAGCUGAGGCUAUAUACAGGAAGUUUGGGUGGACUGAGGUUGGCAGGAUUCCCAACUACGGUAUCAGUCCUGCGGUUCCACGACAGUUAAAGGACGAGGUUUUUUUCUACAAGCAACUCCAGGCUUAA